AUGAACCUCAGAGAAUCAACACAUGCUAAUGCUCUUAAUUUAAUGAAAAUAGAAAGCGACAAAAAGUUUUUAAUAGCUCAAAGGACAAAAGGAAGAUCUGGUUGUAUGCUGGGAAUAGAUAGAAAACAUCAAAAACUUGAAGAACGAAUUAAAAAAAGGUCUAUAAAUUUUGCCGAAAGAAGAAAUAGAGCUUAUGAUAAAAUGAAAUCUUCAGCAUGUAGGCACCAUGUUUACGAAAUACUUUUGCAAAGCAUAUUUACUGAAGUAAAAUUAGCAACAAGUACAGGACCUGAAAUUACCUUGUUUAAAAAUUUUAAAAAAGAAUGGCCAAAUAUUGAUAAAAAUUCUUAUUUAAUUUGGACUACUGAUGAACAUGUAAAAAAUAUUUUAAUGGGAAUUGCUGAUGAGAUGAUACAAUUUUGUAAAAUUAAACUCGAAGAAGAACUACCUAGAGAUGAUUAUAAAGAAUUUCUCGAACUAAUAAUAAUAUUUUUAGGUGGUUUGCCACCUAAAGGUAUAACACCAGGUGCUUGUCAUAUCGCACGUUGGAUGGCCAAAUCAUUGUAUUGUUUAAAACUAUUUUUAUUCCGACACCAGUUUAAAAUUACUCAACGUGAAGAUAAAUGUUUAAAACGAUUCUGCUGUUUUAUUAUAAAGUGUUACCCAGAAUCGUGGUUUUUAUGUUCAAAUGCUCCUACGUUCACAAUGAAUGAUAUUGGGUUUUUAAAAAAAUUGUAUUUUUAUAAAAAUGACGAUAAAGAAGUUGCUGAAAAAGCAAUUAUGAAAUUUAUUAAUCAUUUGUGGUACUUGAGUGAAGAGUGUGCGGCUUUUUCAAUUUUUGAUGAAAGGUUAAGUAAUCAUACAAGAAGAAAAAUGGCUGAAAAAAUUAUGCAUGGUACUCCUGAAAAAGAAUCGCAAAAGAAGUUCAUCCUCAAAUUUGAAGAUUUACAACACUUUCUUAACAAAGAAUUACCAUUAGAUAUUCUAGGGAAUAAUUAG